GUUGAUCUUUAUUUAUACGAAUUUGUCUAUUUUUUCAUUAAAUCAAUCAUUCAAUGAAGAUUCUACUUUAUACAAUAAUUAUUUAAGUUAUUUAAAAAAAAAAUGUUUUAUCCAUAUAUUUCGAAUUUCGUAAAAAUGAAUCUCAUAGAGGCGCUGAAACUGGUGCAAAUGAAUUGAAAGCUUUAGGUAUAUGUUAACGUUUCUAAUAAAACAUUAUAUUGUACAAAAUAUUAUCUUUCUUACAUAAUAAUGGGUAUUAUAAAUGAUAAACCAAACGUCAGUGCAGAAUCAAAAGAUGUGCAAAAAUCUGAUAAACCAUUGAAACCUUGUUGUGCUUGUCCUGAAACGAAAAAAGCAAGAGAUGAUUGUAUUAUUACUAAAGGUGAAGAAAACUGCAGGGAUUUAAUAGAAGCACAUAAAACUUGUAUGCGAUCACUAGGAUUUAAUAUAUAAAUAAAUGUAUAAAUAUUUAUUAUUGUAGAUGAUGUAAAAAAUUCUCAGGUUAUAUUUUAUUUGUAGAAACAAACUUUGUAUUUGAAUAAAUAAUAUUUAAUUUAUACGAAUGAUAUAAUAUUUUUUUAACAAUAUUAAUCUUAAGUAUUUAAUUUAGAAAAAAUAAAUUAUUUUGUUCGUA